AUGGACCCUGAAAAGAAGGUUCAUAAUCUAUCAAAUUAUUUCAAGCAUCAUCUGUUUGGUGGCGAGUAUGCAACUAGUGGCUGUGAUUGCCUGUGGAGUAGCUACAUUUCAGCUGAGCUUUGGUUAUGGGGGACCUUGAUCUGUGAUUUCAUCAUCGUCGCAACUAUGACAUUUCUGGCAAAAUUAGAAUCCUCGUUCAAGCCAACAAAGUGUAUCAUUGAUCGUCUCAUUAUUGUAACUUUAGAGACCAGCGCCGUCACUCUGAUCGCGACUCUCGUUCAACUAAUUUUAUAUUUAAGAUCUCCGGCAGAUUCACUCAACCGAGUUGGCAUAAUCUACAUUCUGGGGGGCUUGUAUUCCAACGUGCUCCUUACCGUUCUGAAUAGCCGGAAACGUGCUCGGCUAGUUGAAACAAGUCAAACGAUCAGCCUCAAAUUUUCUCAGCAAAGUACUACGCCGCCUCCGUCAUCCACAUUCGAGGAAGCCCCAAGCAGCGAAGUAGCAAUUAAAAAACGAAAAGACGAGGAAAGCCCUGUCAAAUCCGAAAGCUCACCUUGACGUUGAGUC